AUGUACAAGGCUGUCAUCCUGCCGACCUUGUCGUAUGGAGCAGAGACUUGGACGGUGUACAUGAAGCAGGCACGGAGACUCAAUCACUUCCAAUUCAGCUGUCUUCGACGGAUACCAAAGCUGAGGCGUCUGGACCGAAUCCCUGACACUGACGUGCUAGAGCUGACGGGACUCCCCAGCAUCUGCGCCAUUCUGAGACAACUACAACUGCGUCGGAGCAAUCAUCUCGUGCGGAUGGACAACGAGCAGCUACCUAAUCGACUCUUCUAUGGCGAUGUCGCCACGGGUUCCUGUAGCCAAGGAGGCCAAAUCCGUCGAUACAAGGACAUUCUGAAGACCUCCCGGAGCGUCCGAAAAUCAAUCCGGCCAACUGGAAGGACAUCGCCCGAGACCGAUCGACCUGGAGGAGGACAGUGAGGACAGGCGGAGCGAUCUACGAGGUAAACCGCAUCGCCACCGCGAAAGCCAAAUGAGAAACUCGGAAAUCUCAGCCGCGAGCUCCUCGCAACGCCAUCGCCGAACUGCCCCCAAAGUCUCCACGGUGUUAGCGGAUAUUCCGGGCGUCAAUUGGACUUGUGCACUUUCUGACAAACUGCAGCACUCGGACUGCACCAACCGUCGUCUCUCCGCCCACCUCUUUCUCGCCUUCUACGCCGUCAACUAACUUUGACCGCCCUCCCGAACCACCACUCCCAUUCUUCUUCUCCUUCUCCCUCUUCUUCUUCUUCUUCUUCUUCUCCUCCUGCUCGGCCACAUGCGUAUCCACGAGAGCGGAAUUAACCACAGUCCCCGCACACCCACCAUUCCUAGCCCCUCCCUCACUUCGUAGCCUUGUGCACCCACCGCCAUCAGUUCCAUCACACCCAGUGCACACUGCGCACCCACCAUGCUCACCCCACCCACAUCCUGGCGCUCAGUGCGCCCACCACCACCACCACCACCACCACCACCACCACCACCACCACCACCACAACAACAAUCUCCGUAG